CAAAAAUUAAUUGACCACUGCGUGUUAGCUUCCUUUACGUGUUUCUUUCCUUUCUCUCUCCUCUGUCACGCAAGAACAAUAAAUACUAUGAUCACUUGAUUUUCUCCGACGAAAUUUUCCCCAGAAACAACAACAGUUCGAGCAACAAAACCCUGAACUCUAUGUUUCUGUUAAACUCGUAAAGUCUCAAUCUUUACGAUUUGUUCUUAAAAAUUCUUUCAUUUAAAGUUCUUAAAUUGGUCAACAGUGUUUAUUUUUCCUCCAAGUUUGUUAAUAAUUUAAGAUUUCCCCACAUGCAUUGAAUAUUUGUCUUUUCUUCUUCUUUCUUCCAUUUCAAAGUUGUGAGAUUUGAUUCGAUGCUUAUGCAGAUUCACAAUUUUAUGAGAAAUUGGACAAAACCCUGAUGUCGGAUUCCGUCAAAACGACGGUGGAUCCGCUUUUGAAAGAUUUGGAUGGGAAAAAAGAGAGUUUCAGGCGGAACGUUGUGUCUAUGGCAGCUGAGUUAAAGCAAGUGAGAGGUCGUUUGGUUUCUCAAGAACAAUUCUUUGUUAAAGAAAGCUUUUGUAGAAAAGAAGCAGAGAAGAAAGCUAAGAACAUGGAAAUGGAGAUCUGUAAAUUGCAGAAGAAGUUGGAAGAUAGAAAUUGUGAGCUUGUAGCUUCAACUUCUGCUGCUGAAAAGUUUCUAGAAGAAGUGGACGAUCUGAGAUCACAGCUAGCUUUAACAAAGGACAUUGCAGAAACAAGUGCUGCUUCUGCUCAAUCCGCACAGCUUCAAUGCUCAGUGCUAACAGAACAACUUGACGACAAAACACGUUCUCUAAGAGAACACGAAGACCGUGUAACUCAUCUCGGUCACCAGCUUGAUAAUCUUCAGAGAGAUUUGAAGACAAGAGAAUGUUCUCAAAAACAGCUGAGAGAGGAAGUUAUGAGAAUCGAGCGUGAGAUAACUGAAGCUGUUGCAAAGUCUGGGAAAGGCACAGAAUGUGAGCUCAGGAAACUUCUUGAAGAGGUUUCUCCAAAGAACUUUGAGAGAAUGAACAUGUUAUUGGCGGUAAAAGACGAAGAGAUUGCAAAGUUAAAAGAUGAUGUGAAGUUAAUGUCAGCUCAUUGGAAACUCAAAACUAAGGAACUUGAAUCUCAGUUGGAGAGACAAAGAAGAGCAGAUCAAGAGUUGAAGAAGAAGGUACUGAAACUAGAGUUUUGCCUGCAAGAAGCUCGUAGUCAGACAAGAAAGCUACAGAGGGUAAAGUCCUCAAGAUUUAUAAAGCUUUUCUUGAUUUAGUAUAAUGAGAAAACUAAAUGUUUUUAUUGUAUGAUUGAUGAAUGGAACGCAGGCGGGGGAGAGACGAGACAAGGCAAUCAAAGAGCUAAGUGAUCAGAUUACUGGAAAACAGUUGAAUGAAUCGGUUUCAGGGGAGAAACAAAACUUCUGGGAUACUUCAGGGUUCAAGAUCGUUGUGUCAAUGUCGAUGUUGAUAUUAGUUAUUAUCUCCAAAAGAUGAGUUCUUUUGUCUUGAACUCUCUUUCUUUUUGUUGGUGUGUAAAUGCAGUAGUUGCAGAUAGUAGUCAGAUAAUGGUGCAUAUUAUUACUCCUUGAGGUUUAGCGAAGAGAAAUCUUGCUUCCCUUUGUUAAGUUAUAAGUUUGUUCAUGUGUAUUUGAAUCAUUUCUCAAAAAGAAAAUGGGAAAAAUGUCAUUCAAAUAAUCAGUUUACCAUUUUCGUUGGUUUUAAACAUAAAUUUUGGACCUGGUGAUUUAAAUCCUCAAUAUUAUGUUGACUUUCAGUUUAAACACAAAUUUUCAUUGAUUAAGAGACAUCGUUAGAAAUUCCCUAGAUC